AUGCCGACAAUGAUACCCGGCAAGAGCAAGGUGUUGGACGACGAAGAGCACGAGAAGGUGGCUCUGGAGAAGUCCAAGAUACGCAAGGAAUGGACGGAACGACAGGGAUCGAAGGUGUUGGAGAAUUCCUUCGAGGUCGACAAGAAUUUUGGCGGCAAGAUCUCGCGUGAGCUGGAGCGCAUCGUGGACUCCAGCCGCUUUGAAGCCGUCUUCUCCGUCGCGCUCCUCAGCAAUGCGCUCUUCAUCGGCAUCACGCUGCAGCUUGCCGCUGACAGAUAUGGAGUCAUGGCGGAUGCCUCCUCGGCCCUAGAGGAAGGUCCAGUAGUGACUGCGAUCCAUGGGAUCUACGCAGUGGUGUUCUUGAUCGAGCUGCUGAUGCGGAUGGGUGCUCAAGGUCAGUCAUUCUUUUGCUCCUACGAUCGGGCCAACCUUUUCUGGAACUACCUCGAUGCCGUGCUUGUUGGAGUUUCGAUAGUGGAGUCGAUCCUGGUGCUGGUGCUGGUUGAAGAUACGGAGCUUGGCAUGUCGAACAAGCUGCGUACCAUGCGGAUUGUGCGCCUUACUCGGUUGGAAGAGGCGGAUGUGGCUCUCGAUCUGAACAUUUGUCUUGGUUCGCUUCACACGGUUGUGUCUCUCCAAUCUCUCCACUUUGCUCUCCGUUCCAAUCCUCGCUCCAUCGUUCCACUCUAUUCGAAAGGCUUGAAGGGAGGCUUGCUACUGGUAAAUGCGGACCUGGAGUUUUAG